AUGGCAACGAUAGCCGUUCUCAACCUCUCAACCCCUAGAGUCUUAGCUAAGGCAACUGACACACCAAAAGCUAAACCCCUUGUCAAGUUAAACCAACCAUGGGGGAGGACUUACCAAUUGGGGUCCGGACGCAUGCAAAUCCGACCCGUGAGAGCAGCUCCUGAUAGUAUAUCAGAGAAAGUGCAAAAGAGCAUAAAAGAUGCAGAGGAGAAGUGCUCCGAUAAUGCAGCAAGUGGAGAAUGCGCAGCAGCAUGGGACGAAGUGGAGGAGUUGAGUGCGGCUGCUAGCCAUGCCAAGGACAAGAAGAAAGGGUCUGACCCUUUGGAGGAUUAUUGCAAGGACAACCCAGAGACAGAUGAGUGUCGAACUUAUGAGGAUUGA